GUAGAGCUCAAAGUAGUCCAGUACAACAAGCAUCAGGGUCGAGUCAAACGCGUGAACUUGAGAAGGCGUUUAACGUCUCGUUCCGAGAUCCUGUCGGCUAUCUACGUGCACUAUGCCAACGGAUACGUCAAGUUGCAGACACCGAUGACCACUUCAAUUACUUGACUAUCGUCCAGUCAUCGGGGUAUGGAAAGACAAGGGCAGGCUGUGAACUUGCGGCUGAAUUUCCCUUUGUAUAUAUCUGUUUUCGCGAAAGUGGCUCAACUGGAUACCCUCCGGCCACCCCGAAGAGUGUGAAUAUGCUGAGCAACAUAAAUAAAGCAAAGGACGUAGAUGAAGCCGAAGUUGAGGCGUUGGGCUGGAUUCGAUCGAUCGUCUCGACGUUUCACGAAAAAAGAGAAGAAUUUCGCAAGAAUCAACCGCAAGAGAAAUAUCAACAAGCAUUGUUGAAAGAUCAGCAACAAGCCAUAGAUUUCUGGGAUGCUGUCGAUGCCAAUCGUGGAAAGGAAGAGGAUCAAGUGGCUGUUACUAAAAAUCAGGCGUUUAGAGCAAUUCGGCGUGCCCUACUCCAAUGUAAGGAUUAUGUUAUCGGUCUAUUGACGGAUACGAAUUCCUCGGUUGCCAACUUGGCACCUCAACUCGAGCAUGAUCCUUCAGACCAAAGUGAAUGGGAAUAA